AAGAUAGUGGGACAUACAUAUUGUAUGUCAUUAAUUUCUGAUGCAAUAGCAAGCUUAUUAGUCGACUGCUUGUAUGAGAACAUACUUUUGCGUGCAAGUAAUGCGAUUUCAUUUACAUAUACGUAAUCAUCGUAUUAAAUCAUCGUAAGAAUUAUCCAAGUCAGGCAAAAUGAUACGUAGAGGUGCAUGCCAAAUAGCCAGCUCGAUUCAUUCAAACUCUCGCGCAGAGGUACACGAAAUUCCAAUGAGUGUAAUUAUUAGACCUUUUCCUCCUGAAGUAAAUGAGGAAAAAGUCCAAAGUUUAAUGAAUGCGUUGAAAAAUACUGAAACCGAGCAUACAGUACCACCCAUCGAUGUUUUAUGGAUUAAAGGGACCGAAGGUGGUGAUUAUUAUUAUUCUUUCGGUGGCUGUCAUCGUUACACUGCCCAUCAACGAUUAGGCAAAACGUCUAUUAAUGCCAAAUUAAUUAAAUCAACAUUAACAGAUUUACGAUGUUACUUGGGGAAUUCUACUCCAAAUUUAAAGUGAUUUUAAAUGUAUUACCUCAGUACAAUAAAUCAUUCUUCCUUCAUUUCAAAUAUAUGUGAUAAAAAUAAGCACAUUAUCAAUAUAUUUUAUAAUAUUUACUAUUUAUGUACAUUAAAGAAAAAUCCUUAAUAUUGUAUACAAAUGUAUUUUGUACUUAUUGCAUAAUAUACAAAAAGUUAUGUGUACUAUGACUUAUGUAGAAAUUGAGAAAAUAAAAUUAAAAUAGUUCAUAAGUCUGAUUUAUUCUUUAUGCAUUGUAAUUAAUAUUGUACAUAUAUUACUAUAAAUAAAAAUACUACAUGUAAACUGUAUAUUUUAGAAGAAAAAGGACUAACGUUCACACACAAAAUAUACAAUUUAGUGAUAAGGACUUCAGUGAUAAAGACUACGUGGAAAUUUAAUUGGAGAAAAAAAUUGAUGUUUUUUGUAAAAUACACAUGAUCUUAAAGGAUUUACAUCUGUCAUGCCUUAAGAUUAAGUUAAUAAGUACAUCUUGUUAUUCAAGAAAUAUAGUGUCCUUUUCUUCCAAAAUAUAUCAAGAGCUCAUUGCAUGCAACUGAUUUUUUCAUUUUUUGCAAUUAUACGGCAUGAUAAAAACAAAAGUUUAUUCACACAA